AUGUCGCUCAUCGGGCGAUUUGAGCACCUGCCCAAGCGGCCAAAAUCUGACCAAGCUAGGCCACUUCUGGAGAAGAUCGCAAGUCAGGUCAAGCCGAUCAUGACCAAGCGCAGCUGGACCGUGGGAACCCUGGCAGAGUUCCUACCGUCAGAUCCAUCACUCCUUGGAAACAACAUGAACCGAGGCCAGCGGAUCAACCUCCGGCUUCGCCCACCAGGCUCCGAGGGGGAUUUCUACGAGUAUGAUCAGCUUGUCUUGGUAAUGCUGCAUGAGUUGACUCAUAAUGAGUUUGGACCGCAUGAUGCCAAAUUCUAUAAGCUACUCGGGGAGCUCGAGGAAGAGUAUUAUGAUCUCAAGCGCAAAGGCUUCUCAGGCGAAGGCUUCCAUUCAAGCGGCAACAACCUCUCCGGGAUCAAGCGAGACGAGUACGCCGGCCGACUCACCGGUCUCCAAGCGGCAGAGCGGCGACUGGCGGCGCAGCGGAAGAUCGGGAAGGGAGGUGUGUUGGGUGGGAGAGGUACAGCCGGACGAAGUGUACGGGAGGUUCUGGCCGAGGCUGCGGAACGGAGAAUACGGGACGAUAAGGCGUGUUCGGCGGAAGGAUCGAAGGCUGUGGAGGAGGAAGUGCGGAAGGCGGCUGAGGAGAGUGUGGGGAUUGACGCUAUUGAUCUGACGGGGGAGGAUGGGGAUGAUGCAGGACCGUUCACACCCAUAUCCACAUCCACAUCGACCCCAUCGUCCAUCGGUCCAAUACGUCCCACUCACCGCUCCGGCACCAUCGCUAGCAGCUCGUCAUCCACCUCCGCUUCCACCUCCAAGCCUCCCACAUCUCGCAAACAACCCCCGUCCUCAUCGAUACCUGGCCCAUCCAAACCCAUCCGACAACCCCCUCUACCAGCCCAUGAGCAACCGACCGAGUGGUCCUGCCCCACCUGCACCCUCCUCAACCCCCUACAUCAUCUCUCCUGCGACGCCUGUGCGACCGAACGGCCACCACACGUAAAGACGGGAUGGUUCUGCGGGGUGUGUGGGGAGGGGCCGGUCAGUUGGGAUAGGUGGAGCUGUGAGGGGUGUGGGGUGGUUAGGACUUUUGGGUGA